CGUUUUCUGUCAAAACCGAAAAAAUCGUUUUCUGCCAAAACCGAAGUUACAGUCGUUUUAUUAUUACUAGUCUUUUAGUUUGAGACUCUAAAGUUUUUUUUUCAAAUACAUGCUUAUCAAUUUUUUUGUUUAUUACAAGUUAUUAUUGUAGUAAAUUUUAACAUAUGAUUAAAUCAAGACAAGGGUUCUUUGGUAAUUUGUUUACUAAAUUCAUUUGGAUGGAAAUGAAAAUAAAGAAACAAAUAUAAAAUUCAUUUAGAUGGUUUAUCUACCGUCUGGAUGGACAAACAAACAGUCCAAAAAAUCUGAAUGGAUCAUUUCAAUAGAAAUGGAUUUUCUGGAUGGAGAUGACAGAUGGUGAAACGAACGGCCCCAUCAUUUAUAGUUUCCAUAAUUUAGGAUAUCUAGUUUCCCAAUUACAUUAAACGUGACACUUAAUUCAGCUAAGUUUACACCCGUUUGGUGAACAAACUAAGGAGGAGCAAUAAAUCAGUUACUCGAAAACAGAAACGAAGAAAGCACACGCGUGUAAUAUGUAUUCUCUAUCCAUUAUGAUAUAACUUUAUAAAGUGAUAACCCAAAUAAAAUAAUAAGUUAAUACAUUUUAAAAAAAAAAUUAAUCCAUUUACGCCUCAGACGGUCAGACCUAUAUAUAAGUAUAUCAUCAAACUUCCUCUCAUUUCUCUACAUCAAACUCAAUUAUCUUCUUAUACUUUACACCAUCAAGUACCAACAAUAUGAGAACGAUGGUAGACUUGGGAAGAGAAAGAAGCAGCCAUCUGCGAGUCAUUAACUCUCCGACCAACGUUGACUGUGCCCGUGAAGUCCGUCUCCGACGAACCCUACGUUCCCUUAUCGAGUGCUUAAUCCCAUACUGUUGCACUUACCAAUCUCCUCCCUCCGACCAAGACGACACCGUCUCUUCCUCUUCCUCCGACAAAACCGGUGCAGUUAUUACCGGAACUUUCUUCGGUCACCGUCAUGGCCACGUCAGCUUCUGCCUCCAAGACGACACUCAUCCGUUGUCUCGGCCACCUCUCCUCCUACUCGAGCUAGCCGUUCCUACGGCGGCUCUAGCUCGUGAGAUGGAGGAGGGAUUUCUCAGAAUCGCUCUCCGGAGCAAAAGCAACCGCCGGUCUAAUAUCUUAGACGUGCCGGUUUGGUCUAUGUACUGCAACGGAAGGAAAGUUGGGUUCGCCGUGAAGAGAGAGGUAACUGAAAACGACGUCGUGUUUCUCCGGUUGAUGAAGUCUGUUUCCGUUGGCGCAGGGGUGGUUCCAAACGGUGAGACGUUGUAUUUGAGGGCGAAGUUUGAGCGAGUCACGGGGUCUAGUGACUCGGAUGCGUUUCAUAUGGUUAACCCAGAGGGUAGCUAUGGACAGGAGCUUAGCAUUUUUCUUUUGAGAUCGUGAUAUACUUGUGAACUUGGGAUUAUGAAAAAAUCUAGUUCUUAUGAUGUGUUAUUUUUUUUUUUUUUUGCAACUAAAAGGGUUAAACCCGGGUCUAUUAAAGACACAGACCUAACUCCCGGGUGGGAGGUGCAACCCACGGAUGGAUCCUCUCCCGGGUAUUCAAAUGGGCCGUAAGCAUGAGCCCAUAUCCGCGUGGCCACAUGUGGAGCUAAUAAUUUCGCACUAGAAGGGAGUCGAUCCCUGGCCUGGACCAACAAGGCAACUUCUUCUCUAGUGGAAACCACUAGGCCUCCACGACGUGGUUCAUAUGAUGUGUUAUUUAGUGUUCGGUUUUGUGUAUAUUUUAAAACGUUGGUUUAGUUACAAAUAGUGUUUACUGUUAUAUAGUUUAUAUAUCUCGGUGGUAUAUUGUAACAGUGUGUGGAUAUCCUCAGAUAAUUUUUAGAUAAUGGUGGAAUAAGUUAUAGAUCCCGA